UAAAACUAGAAAAAUGGCGUUCUGUACAGCUGUGGGUUGCGCAAUUUAUAAGUAAAUGUGCACGAAAAUCUUAAUGAAAUUUAAUAUUUUGUGUGUAAUAAAUACUGCUGACUUAUAAAAUGCUAUUUCAAAUUUAUUAAGUGUGAUAAUCUUGUAUAGUGUUGUGAUAUUGUUCAUUAGCGCAAACCUGUCAUGAACCGUGUAUUUUUUGUGUUGUGAUGUAUUAAAAAGAUAAAUAAUGAAACGAAAAAUAAUGUGGCUGUGUAAAUAAUGUAAAAAUAAUGGGUUUGCUAUGGGUGAUUUUAUUUUCGGCCUCAACAGGCCUACUUUUGAUACAAGGGUUACCUGUGAGGCCAACGCCGCAAGUCUACCCUCACGGUACAAAUGAAGCAGCAGUGUUAGAAGGAUGGAUGCCACAGGGGCUGUAUAUGUUACCAGUGCUGGCACUGGUGAUCACAGCUCUUGGACUACUCUUUGGAUGUACCUGGUGUUACAGACAUAAAGACUGCAAGCCGAACGAAGGAGCAGACAAUCAGUUGUUCGCGCCGACCGCAAGCCUGCACAAUGCGCGCCCGCCGCCCGAUGCCGUGUUCUCGGAGCCGGUCAAUAACAACAUCAGCGAAGACAACAACAAUGGCCCGAUCUCACUACGUGAGAUGCAGAACAUUGCCAACAACAACGCGGCAGCGUACAUCGUCAGUGAGAACGAGGAGCGCAACAGGAUAAGCCGAGAAUCGGUUGUCGAAUUUGAACCACUGCCUGCGGACUUGCGAGUCAUUGAUCCACUGGAAAGAUGCGCUGAUUGGUUCGGUGGUGAAGAUUUGUCCAGGAAUCGUCUGCAGUACCUGCGUGAAAUUGGUAGAGGAUGGUUUGGCAGGGUGGUUGAGGGUGAAUUGGACAACACAAGCACAUCAGUAGCGGUCAAGAUUCUCAACCAGAAUGCAAGUUUGGAAGACAAGGCUCGGUUCUUAGAUGAAGCGAAGAUAUACAGGGACUCGAGACAUGAGAACAUACUAGGAUUCGUCGCUAAAUGCCUGCAGGAAGACCCCUGGAUAUUGCUGUUUGAACUUUGCUCUAUCGAUCUACAACAAUAUCUAAUAGUGAAUCGUCCCAAAAUGGCAAUAUUGAACGAGAGCGGCGUACCACUGCAGCUAAUGUGUGACGUCUCCUCCGCACUCUCAUACUUACACUCUAGAGGAUUGCUUUAUGGCACACUAUGGUGCGGCAGUGUGAUGGUGCGCGAGGGUGAGCCUGCCCGCGCCGUGCUGGGCCAGUACGGAGCCGCGCAUCCGCCGCACGACACCGCAGCACCGGAGACCAGGAGAUACCCUGCAGUGAACAAUAGCAAUAGUGAGGUAUGGUCACUGGGCACGCUGAUUUGGGAGAUAUGCGCUUGGGGUGCGCAGCCACAAGCCGCGCCUCCCCCUCUGCCAGACUUACCAUGCCCCUAUCGCACACAUUUAUAUCAAGUGAUGCAACUGUGUUGGAACCCCAACCCGGAGUCUCGGCCUUCCGCCGGUCAGGUGUACGCGCUGCUCAACCAUCUGCACAGCACACACGCGCACAGCCGGCACGUCGACGCCGCGCACGACGACGGCUACGGCAGCAGUGACUUCGAGGAGCGCUGGCAGCGACUCAAACCCAACUCUAUACCCAAGAUAGACGAGCACGUCGCCAUCGUGCACGCGCCCUCCACCUCCAUGACCUCACACUUCACCUCCGAACAAGACCUCGACAAUCCGCCCACCAUGCAGGACACGCUCAGUAUCGACCUCGACACUGCCGUCUCCCGCUCCAGUAGCAUCAUGUCGGAUAAAGAUCCAUUAUCUAUUCAAAUAAAGUCUGAAAGUCUAACCAAUUUACAUGGAUCUCUAGAGGAUGUUAGAAAUAUCUAUCUGACACACAACGAAACAGCAGCCAUAGAAUGCCAUCAAGGAAAUGUAAGCCUUGACGAUAAUAAAGAUAAGGACUACGAUCGCUCCGACAGUUCCAUGGACCCGUGGGUGAAAGAUAUCAUCACUGGCAGCCAAGAUGACGUCAGAUAUUACAAGGACGUGAGCGAUGUGAUAAAGAAUCUCGAUAAUAUAUUAAACUCUGAAAAAACAUCCAGCUCCGAAUCCAGUCAUCAAGCGAGUCCUUCCAGAGAUAAUCUAAGCUUGGAAUGUAAGAAAGAUUACCCGAUGCAGAAGAGUUUAGUGAAAUCACCCGGAAUAACAAAUUUCCAGAAUAUUUUAGAAGUCGGAUUCGACUCGGAGAUGAGAAACGAUACAUGUGAAGAUGAAGGCGAUCGAGAAACUAUCGGAACUCUGAGCCACUCUUUCGAACGUCAUAGCGAUACAAUCAGUCAAAAUACACUUGAAAAUUUAACACCAGAUACACCUACGAAUGAUUUAGUUAAUGAUACAAAAAUUAUAUGUGAAGUUGAAAUUGUGCAAAUGGAUGUUAAACAAGAAAUAAACACUGAAGAUAAUGAAGCUAGUGAUAGUGUAGAUGAUGUUAAAAGUGAAUUGCCAAAUGAAAAGAUUGAUCAUAGUCUUAGUGAAAUACCUAUGUUGAAGGAAUUGUGUGUAGCAACAAUGCCUAGUGUAAGUGAAGUUAUUGAACAGAAGAAUGUUAAAGAAGACUGUCGUACACCUUGUGAUAAUAAGAUAAAUGAUGUAAGAAUUGAACUUAAUGAUGCGGGAACUGAGUCAGUAAAUGAUAUUUCCAUAAAACCUGAGAAAAAGUGUAACACUGAAUCACCAACUUUAGCAUUAAUUACUGAAUUGGAAUUAAAAAAAGACACUGAAGUACAAAAUAAUAUUAACCACGAAAUCUUGCCUGUAUUGGAACAAGAAUCUGCAGAAAAAGACAAUGUUAUGUCUCUAGUCAUUAAUGAUAAUGUACAUUUAGAAGAGGUAGUAAAUGAUUUAGAUAAAUCAAAUGCCAUUGCGCCGAUUAGAUCUGAUGAUGAAAUUGUGAUAAAAGACUCCGCUAGCGAAAAUGCUCCUAAAGAUCUCAUGAACGGUAUAAACAUAGAUCUCUAUACAAGCGAUAAUACACUACAUACGUCGUAUUUUGAAACAAAUGGAGAAAUUAACGAAUUCGGACAUAUUGAUACAUUACUUACAACAGAUUCAACAAUAUACUUAGAUCUGCCGAGUAUGAUAAAAGAGACUAGUAGUUUUCUUGAAUCGGAAAGAAUUAUGUCCAAUCAAGAUACAGAUUUCAAAGAAGUUGUCUCAAGCACACCCAAAGGAAGCGAAAAUUCUUUCAACAAUCAGGAAUCUUCCACCAAUGAGUGUCAAUUUGAAUCAACUACAGAUACUAAAGUACCAGAAUGUGAAUUAGGAUCUACACUAACAAAGUUGGAACAAAGAUGUGCUCCGGAAAAUUUAAGUCCCUUGGAAUCUCCUACCAAGAGUCAUCACACAGAUACUUACGACGAAAACAGUUCCAUAGUGUUAGGCCCGUUUGAAAAUUGUUCACUCGAAUUAUUCAAAGCUGUGAAAUCAGAAAUUGUCGACUUACCCAAGGAGGAACUUUUGGCGUUUUCAUCCAACUUUAGCGAAAUGGAUCUUGAGACACCUUCGCCCCUCCGCGACGGAAACUUUCUGAACGAAGUGCCGGAUAUCGUCCAUGAUGACUUGGUGUUUGACGACUUGGCGACUGUGAGUGAAACCAAACCGAGUACUGAAGCUCAAAGCGAUAACACUGAGAAUACGUACGAAAAAUCAAAUACAGAGAAACAUAUAUCUCCGUCGACGCCGCCCAACUCUCCGGGUAUUUUCUUAGCGUCGACAUCACAGCAGAAAUAUUUAGUUGAUAUCGACUUAAAUGCGCCGAAUGAGAGUGCUCCGCGUACAUUUGCUACUGUAACGGAGACAGCGGCGCCGUUUACCCCUGAUUCAGGUUUGAGCUCUUUGCAGAAAGAGAUCGAUUUGAAUCAAAUAGAGCUGCAGAUCACAACGAAAUUAGCUAUGGCAGAGAACGAGAACAAUUUGAACAUAGAAUAUUCUGGACCUUUGACAGUGGAAGGAUUCGUGACGGAGGACGAGGUGCUGAUGCGCGAGAGUGACGCGGUGCCCGAGUCCUACUUAGCAGGCAAUGGAAUACCACUCGACGAUGUCAGGGAAGAUCUAACUCUAGAUACAGAAUGCGUUAAAGCUCUGCGAGAUGAAUUAGAACUGAAGCUACCAUUAGCACAGGUGGCUGCGAUCGAGCCGGCGGAGAGUGCGGGGGAGGCGGAGUGCCCGGGGGACGGAGUGGGGGAGUGGCGCGCCGAGCUGCCGCCCCCGCCCGAGCUGGUGCUGAGCUACCCCGGCGCCCUCAGCCCCAUCGCUGAGGAGACCGGCCCUCAGCUCUCUGCCUACGAGAACGACACCAACUGGAUAUCGACCCGUACUGAAUCGUCUGAGAGUUAUCCGGAGCCCUGCAACAACUCGACGGAUGACGUGACGGAGUUGCCGACCGGCGCGCACAGCGGCCACAAUGACCACUCCACCUACACUCUGCACUCCCGCGACAACUCUCUCAACUUCACCUACACCGUACAAAAGGACGUCGCAAGCAGUAAAGAAAUUACAAUGAGCGCCGACAGUUUAAACGCCAGCCCAUUGAAGAAGCUAAAAGGCGACCCGCUAUCGCCAAUCGAUGACAGAACAUAUAACAAAAGCGAUGACGAGAAACAAUCGAAUUGCGAAAGACUGUCUCAAGUAUCGCCAUUUUUAUUGAGUCCGAGCACCGAUACUUCGGCGCCCGACAACUCCGACAACUUGGCGGGCUGUUCGACCUUAUCCAAACCGACAGUACCCACGGAUGCCAAGUCCUCGAAACCCUCCGAAACUCAAUGCCUAUCGAAAGCGACCAGCAUAGACUCGUGGUGCUCCAACGAUACCCUCUAUAAUGUAGAAGAAAAUUUCGAUGACCUCGCAAUGGAUCCUGAUGUACCAAUCGACUUCGAAGAAAAUCACGAACCGGAGAAGGAGGAUAAAAGUGAAAGCACGGACACGCUGACGCACAACGAACAGGAAAAAGAAUUGAGCCACUGCUCCACUUACAUCAUACACGAUAGCAAGUCAGAGAUUUGUGAAACUUUCUCACCUGAUUCGAUCACCGCUAAUUUCAACACGUACACGAAACCGAAAACCGAAGCGGGAGCGACCACAUCUGUUCAAAAUAAAUCCGAAUUGAAUGAUUCCACAAAGAAUACGCAAACGAAAGAUCUCGCUUACGGCACGCUUAUGUCAGGGUUACCUUCGGGUUCCAACUGCUCUACAGAAUUACUGUCGACGGCCGAUGAGGCUUGGAAAUUAUCACAACCUGAGUUGGUAAGGAGAUCGCCUUUCGGAGAUGACUUUAACUCAACACCCCCGAAAUCUGUUGCAGAAGAUAAAGAAGACGAAUGUCCGGAAAUAAAUAGCCCGACAACAAAUCAACCGAGCAUCAAUAAAAUGGACAGCGUUGAUGUUACCUGUCUAAAAGAUAAUUCUGAUAGUGAUAACAAAUCUGAAAUGGACAGUCAAGACAUUAUAAUAGGAAUCGAUGAAACCCAGGACCUUCCUCACAAAACUAUAGCCAAUUCCCACGUAACAAGUACACCAUUGACUGAAAUUGAUGCGGACAUUGAUGAGGACAAUAUAGAAUGCAUACCUAUUAAUUUGCCAAAAAUGAACAACGAUGAUAGCGAAUAUCUUACGAAAAACUUGCCAAAUUUCCAAUCGUUUCUCCUAUCCGCUGAGAUGAGACCUCAAGACAUAUCCUCCAGUAUAAGUAAUGAAGUUACCAGCCUCAACCAAGACACUGAGGUUUUAUUAGAAGGUGAAAGCAAAAGUUUGAGCAGAAAUAGCAAAGACAGUCCUGCGAUUCCCGACGGAACACUCACGUAUUCAGAUUUCGAAGGCUCUGUAAUUACAAAGCCUCAGGAAAUAGAUUCCCGGGAGAACAGCACAGAUAUUGGUACAAGUAAUGUUCAAGAUUUUCGAAAUUCAGAAAACUCAACACCUUUAUGGCAACAGAACCUUUCUUCACUAAUAGACGCUAGUUUAUCAUUAUUACAAAAUGAAAGAAGGAUUAACGAAAUUAUAAUGCAAUCCGCAAUAGAUAACACGAACCAAUCAGAAAGUUUGGUAAACUGUUUAGAUACUCCUUAUACAGUAACGAGUCCGCCUAGCGAAGUAUAUUUAAAUGAAUCUCAUAUUAAUGAUAUUAAUAAGUCUAAUGAUAUAUUUAUAACAGAUUUAGAUACAGAAGAAGAAACUGAACAGCCUCAUUCUAUUAUCAUAACGGAAAACCCUAUAUUAAUGAACAGGAUCAGUUCAAAUAUUAAUAGAAAUUGUGAUUCUCAAAGUGUUAACCUGUCUUACGAUUCACACACGGGUUUGUUCCAACCUCUUGGUAAGGAUAGAAUUAUAGAACAAAUGAAUGUUCUAGAAAAUAACAGAACUCUGCCAGAGUUAGAACAUACAGAAGAUGUUAGUAUAAAUGAUAGUGUAAAUGAAUCAAACUCGAACACUAGGAAUUCUUUGCCGAAUGAAAGAGACAAUGAUAUUUGUAAUGGCGGUAGUCAAAAUUAUGCGACCGUGAGCUUUCUAAAUGAGGCAUUCGAAGAACUUGUUGAAAGUAAUGUUGAUGAUAAUGAAAGAGAUUUAGAAAAUGAUGAAGAAGUUCAAGAAGCUACAAGUCAAGUUGAAAAAGUUGAAAACGAAGAAGUUACGGAAACUCACGAAGAGAAUAUUUACGAGAAUCUGAGACAGAAUGAAGUGAAUGGCGUUGCUGAAGUUGAAGAUGAAACUAUGACGUCAGUGACUGAGAAUUUUUUACAGAACGAAAAGAAAUACUGCACACUAGAUUAUUAUUUGCCUCUGAUGAAUGACAUCAGAUUUACUGGUCCAGGUACAGAAGUGAUGAGUACAUCGUUCAAUCAAGACUCUUCUACUGAUCCGACAUCUCCCGAGUGCGAGCAGGACAGCAAGCCCGAUACCGUCACUGACAUACUGAAAGAGUGGGACAGCGAGAGUGACUCACACUCUACUAACUCAUCCAGUGGAGAAUUCAUAUGGAGAGACGGCGACGGCAACGCCACCUGUCUCGUACCCUCUGCGCACUUCCAACAUCACCGCGAGGGCGGGGCGCCCCAGGCUCCAGAAGGUCCCGAGGUAUCGGAGCUGGCGGAACGAGCAUCUUCCGGCUCCUCCGGGUCGUCGGGCUCAGAGGGCGACGAGGUGGAGUUUGUGCCCUCCUCGUGGGACUGCCGCGCCGCGCCUGCCAAGUCCUCGCUCCGCAGCCUCGAUCACACAGCGCCGGAUAGCAAGAAACGUGUGGUGUUCAAGCGUCAGAAGUAUCACUCGGUGUACGAGUAUCCGCGCGAGGUGUGCGAGGCGACAGUAGACGCGCCGCCCGACCUGCCCGACUUCUCCACAUACUGCGACUGGGAGGCGGCGAGUGCGGAGGAGGCGGAGCUGGACUACGGGCAGCUGUUCAGCGACCACAACGCGCUCGACAUGUACCCGCUGCGAGCCGGCAUUGCGUUCGGUGCAGAUUACGAAGAAGACUUCUUCAUAUCAUCGUCGACGCGUCCUUUUGAGCGCGAGUUCGAAACCCUCGGCGUGAUGUCGACCGCGAGCCAGUUCUUCCCCGGCAUGCACGCCAAGCAGGCGCUGCUCGACCGCGACGUAGACGACGUGGACGACUUCCGCGCCCCGCCCUCGCCCGCCCCCCUCCCCCCGACCGCCCUCGCGCACACAGCCACGCCCUCCCUCGACUUCACCACACCCGACUCCGGCGUCGAGGACAUCACGCCCGGCUCCACCAGCACCGAGGAUGACUUCAAAACCAAGAAAAUUACUGACGCCGACUCCUGUUGGCGGACCCUCGAUAGCGCCAGCUCCAGCGAGUCCGUCAGCCCCAGCUCACCGGGGGGCGAAGCGCUAGGAGGGCUCCGGCACACGAGGGACAAGCUGAAGCUGGACCUGCCGCCCAGCCCGCACAUACCCUCGCCCCGGCACAACCGAGUGUUCAACUUCGUGCUCGACAAGCCCAAGCGGCGCAGCCAGGAGGAGCGGCCGGAGCUCGGCACGACGCCGCUCGUGAUGACGGACGAGACGCCCGUCAUCACGUCGACGUUACCUCUGCGAGAUGACGUGCCGGACGACGUCAUCCCCGAGCCCACAUUCUCUACGUUCGGCAAGUGCGCCUCCACCAGCGCGGAGCCCGAGCAGCGCGCCAUCGUACUCACCGACGACGUGCACGACUCCGACAAGGAAGAUAGUUCCAACUCCACUGUGGAGGCGGUGAAGGGCGAAGGCACCGUGCUCGACAGCGGAGACGAGGACUCAGGCAUCGAGAGGAGCUCCAAGGCCACACUAGAAAGGAAUAAAACAACUCCCAAUGUUUCCUAAAUAGAACUAGAUCAUAAUCUCUCUGUAAAUAACUCGAUCAUAGAUUUUGGACGCUUUUAUCAAACUAUCUGAUGAUGCAUUUUUCCUGCCAAAUGCCAGUCUGAUGCUCGCUGAAAGGGCUCAGUCAAAGUAAUGUGGAAUUGGUUAAGAGUUCCUUCGCCAUAAUGCAAACUUAGUGUUUUAACUGGCUAUAGCAAAACUAACAACUUUAUUUAUACGAUGUCACAUCAAAUAUGAUUAAAUUUCCCAACGACUAAUACGUCUUUUCAAAUAUCAUAUCUGAAUUAUUUGGAACUAAAUGGUGACAUUUUUUGGAACUCUACAUAUCGAAAGUAAAAAAAAAAAUUAACUUCAGCCAUUUCAAUAUAUAGACAAGUUAAUAUAGUCUGAGGAACGAACUCCAGUGAAUUGUAUUGGUGUUAAAACAAUGGUACAAAUAGCGGUGAAUUAUUGUAUACAACUAGAACUUAGUGCUUUAUACUGAAAAUCUAUUUAAGUUCUUAGAUAUUUAUUAUAACAGUGCAACAACAGACUUUGAAGGAUUUUACAUCAAUUUCACUUUCAAGAAAAGUAUAGCUGAAUUUAAGGUACGUUUCAACU